AUGCUUGGCACCGAAAAGGUUGAUGACCAGGAGGGUCAAGUGUUUGCUGGUGAAGUUCAUGAUGACCCUGGUCAUGCUCAUGAUGCUGUUUUCGGAAGACUCACAAAUGACGGGCCAAAUUACCGCAAUGUCGGUUGGGUGGGCACCGCAGGUCUGAUGAUGAAAACGCAGCUUGGCCUUGGAAUCUUGUCCAUCCCAUCUGUCUUCGACACGCUGGGAAUGAUACCCGGCCUCAUCUGUCUUUGCGCUAUCGCUGCAAUUACGACAUGGUCAGAUUAUAUAGUCGGCACUUUCAAGCUUCGCCAUCGUGAAGUCUAUGGUAUUGAUGAUGCAGGUGGCUUGAUGUUUGGUCGUGCUGGGCAGGAAAUCUUUGGUUUUGCUUUUGGCCUUUACUGGACGUUUGUCUGCGGGUCAGCGAUGCUAAGCGUGUCGAUUGGAUUCAAUGCCGUUUCUGAUCACGGAACUUGUACUGCCGUCUUUGUCGCCGUUGCAGCUAUCACUGGUUUCAUCUUCGCCAGCAUCCGAACCCUCGGGAAGCUAAGUUGGCUCGCUUGGCUGGGAUUGAUCUGUGUCAUCUCUUCAGUCAUCAUCCUAACAAUUGCCGUGGGUAUACAAGAUCGACCUGCAGCUGCACCCAAAGACGCAGUUUGGGUAUCAGACUACGAGCUCUUCAAGAAGCCAAGCUUCACCAACGCCAUGUCCGCUAUCUGUGCAUUGAUCUUCGCCUAUGCAGGUACCCCAGCUUUUUUCAGCAUUGCCGCAGAAAUGAGGGAUCCUAGACACUAUACGAGAUCUCUGAUCCUGUGCCAGACGGUCAUUAGUGCCUGCUAUAUCGCGAUCGGUUGUGUAGUGUACUAUUUCUGUGGCUCGUAUGUUGCUUCACCAGCGCUUGGAUCUGCAGGUGUCUUGAUCAAGAGAGUCAGCUAUGGAAUUGCACUUCCUGGACUAAUAGUCACUACUAUGUUGACUUGCCAUCUGGCGAGUAAACAUGUCUUCGUUCGUGUUUUACGAGGCUCCAAGCAUCUCGCGGCCAAUACCUUCACCCAUUGGGUAUCUUGGAUAGGGUGUACUUUUGGCAUCACAGUUGUCGCCUAUGUGAUAGCCAGCGGAAUCCCAAUCUUUGGUGGGCUAGUUUCGCUCAUCGGGGCAUUACUUGCAACGUCACUCUCAUUCCAGCCGAUGGGAUGUAUGUGGCUCUACGAUAACUGGAAGCGUGGUAAGCAAGAUCGAUCCAUAUCUUGGUCCAUUGGUGUGCUCUGGAGCGUUAUCAUCAUCGUCUUGGGGACAUUCCUGACGAUUGCUGGGACAUAUGCUUCCGUGGUUGACAUUAUAGCCUCAUACAGAGUGUCCGGAGGUUCAGCAGCCUGGUCGUGUGCUGACAACUCGGGCUCUUCGUAG